CAGUCCGGGCGGAGUCAGUCUGCAGAGGUUGCAGUAUGGGGGUAGCAAAGUUUUCGUCCCCAUAGAGCGCAACACCUGGAUAAGUUCCACGCGUUCGAUCCACACGCCCGUCUUUCGGCGGAAAAGACGCGUUUUUACGCACGUCCUGUGUCGGCUUGAUUUCACGCGAUUGGAUUAGGUGAAAAUUUUCGGGUUAGUGUGAAUUUUGGUGCUUUGUUGUUCUCGACGGUCACAGGUGUACGCCCACGGUGUUGUGCCGUUGACAUUUCGUUGUUUCCGUCUAGUUCACGUGUUGCAUUUGUGUGUUUCUUCAUAUAGAAUUGUUUAAGAUUCAGAUAUCAAUACUAGAUGUAGUGGCUGUGUACUGAAAAUGCUCAAGACUAAGGAUCUUAUGAACCACUUCGACAUAUCUGUCUCUCCGGUUUAUAAUAUGUAGCCAACAAUAUGUCAUCCAAAAGCUUCCUAGUGUUAGUUUUGGUGUUUAUUGUUACUUGCUCAGAGGCGGAACUUGCGACGGAAUUCGCAGAGGCGUCAGAUGGCGGUACCGCGUCGCUACCCUGUAACCUCACGCCAAAUCAGUCCUCGGAUAAAGUGAGUGUGGUGGUGUGGCACAAGGGUGUAGAAGAAGAUCCUAUUUAUAAAUAUGAUCUGAGAGGAAAUCGACCGCAGCAUUGGGCGGAACCGACUUUAGGUGAUCGAUUCUUUUUGAGAAUCUUGGACGACAAUCGUAGUGUAUUGACAAUUUCUCCAACGAAUUUAUCCGAUGAAAAUGUUUAUCACUGUCGGGUAGACUUCAUCACUUCGCCAUCUAGAAUUACUCAUGUCAACUUGACGAUCAUUGUUCCUCCGACGGGUGUCCAAGUGAGUGAUGACUUUGGCUUGGUGAAAAAUGGUAUAACCACUUCGUACGCUGAGGGGGCGAGCUUGACCCUUACAUGCAGCGCCACCGGAGGAAAGCCCUUGGCCAGAGUAUCCUGGUGGAGAGAUGGAAAACUCGUCACAGAUGAAUGCCAAUAUUUUCCAGAAAGAAAGAAAUCUCAGAGCUUGAUGAAAAUAGAAAAAUUGACCAGAAGUGAUCUGUUGGCUGUAUACAGCUGCGAAGUCAGUAAUAGUAAAUUACAACCACCACUCGUUGUUCGAGUUGCCAUUGAUAUGUACCUGAGACCACUCGAGGUCACUCUGUUGAAAGAUCAGGACGAGCUGAGUGCUGGAAGGAGGUACAAUAUUAGUUGUCGAUGUAGAGGUUCCCGGCCACCGUCAGUCAUCACGUGGUGGAAGGAUGGUCUAUCUUUAGAGGGUGGAACAGUAACUGUAUCAGCUGAUGGAAACACCACAACUAGCACCCUUUCGUUCAUACCCACAUCUUCCGAUCACGGACUUGUAUUGAGUUGCAAGGCCUCUAAUCACCGAAUACCCUUCAGCGAACUGCAAAAAACGUGGAUGCUAGGUGUUCUUUAUCCACCCAAAGUGACUUUGAAUUUAGGUCACGGACUUGAUGCUAGUGAUAUUAAGGAAGGUGCUGACGUUUAUUUUGAGUGCCAUUUAAUUGCCAAUCCAUGGGUUCGCAGAGUAUGGUGGUUACGUGAUGGAGAACGAAUACUGAGCAACGCAACCUCAGGCAUUAUAGUCAGCAACCAAACAUUAGUGCUUCAGGGCGUGAGUAGGAGCAGCUCAGGCAGAUACUGUUGCGAGGCAACGAACAAAGAGGGCACCACUAAGAGUAGUCCUUUUCAUCUGAAGGUGAAAUUCGAGCCUGUAUGUGGGGACGCAACAGGAAGGAAGGUUCUAGGGGCCGCCAAAGAUGAGCCACUCCAAGUAGAAUGCAAGGUAGAUGCAGAGCCAGGGGCUAAGAUUUUCAGAUGGAGCUUCAACAGUACCCCGGGGAUUUCACGGGAGCUGACGGAGUUCUCGACGGACGAAGGGGGCAGCAGGCUGACCUACGUGCCAAAGAUACCGGCCGAUUAUGGAACUUUACAAUGCUGGGGUCAAAAUGAUAUUGGAACGCAGCGACAGCCGUGCACGUACCAUAUCGUGCCGGCUGGAAAACCAGAUCCACCCCACACGUGCCAAUUGUUAAACGUCACACAUAUUUCCGUGUUUGUUUCUUGCAAAAAGGGAUUUGAUGGAGGUCUCAAACAACGUUUCACGAUGAUCUUGAGCUCGAGAGAUAAUCAAGUAGCUAAUAUGUCAUCCAUCAGCGCACCAGAUUUCCACAUAACGAAUUUGGAGCCCGAUCAAGAGUAUUCCAUCACCGUGUCCUCGUACAACAGUAAAGGUUGGUCCAAAACCAGCGAACCCAUCAACUUCAAAACUCUUUCUACUCCAGGAUUGAACGAGCAACGAAGAUUUAUGGAUCCUAAUGACGAAGAACAAGACAGUACAAAACCAUGGCUCUAUAUUACUCUAGCUGCGGGAUCUACCCUGAUCAUUGUCGGGACUGUCGUUGUGAUCAUUUUUGUUGUGAAGAGAUUCAAGGUUGAAAGUCCAGUCAGAGACAGAAGCACUCAACGAAACCCUAAACAGCACUGCGUAGAAGAGUUACCUCUAGACCCUCGUGUACCCCCCUUGUAUACCGAUGCCAUGACUGAUGAUAAUAAUCCAGAUCUCAUUCCUCCUACAAACGAGAGCCUACUGGACUCAUCAUUAACCCCCUUCAUAAUAUCAGCCAGACCCUCAAGCAAACGGAACUGUGCCACCCAAAUGCCAAUGAAGCCGUAUCACGUUACAUGGGCUCCAAUUUUGCAGUCUCGUAACUGUUCCACGCAAACUCCUCCUCCUCAUAAAGAAAGCUCAGUCUAGUCUUAAUAAUUAAAAUUCAAUCAGAAGUCUCGGUAUCGGGACCAAUACCACCUGUGAUACUUGUGAAUAUCUCAUAUUUUUAAGCAUUAACUUUAUCAAAAACUAUAGUGUUAUAUUAAAAAUGUUAUAAAUUUGUUUUAUUCUGUUCGAUCGAUAAGAUAUCAUUCAUGUGGAAAUGAUUUGUUAUGAUAAGAGUAUUGUUUGAAAGGUACGAACUAAUGAAAUUAAAUGUUUUCCAAGUGUU